AUGGCCGCUCUUCUGAAUCUUCGAAAAGGGCGUGGUUCGGAGCAUUCAGCUGGCUCUGUGACCGCAGACAGGAUUCUGAAAGCAUGGGAUGAAGAGGAUCUCACAUCAAAUGAGUUUUCCGGUAACGGCGGCGUUGUAGAACCCGAAAGCCCUCCAUCCGAACGUACUACAAUGGCAGGAUUGCUCAGAAAGUGUUUUUUAUCCGCAAGGUUUGAGGUGCUGAUGUCAUGUCUUGUUCUCACGAACACUGUUUGGAUGGCAGCUCAGCUACAAGUGGAAGGGGGCAUUUACGGGGCUGCCUGGAGGGGUGAGACAGACUUAUCUUCGCUGAGUACCUGGCGAUCCAUUUUCAUGACCGGCGAACAGUGUUUUGCAGCAAUCUUCGUGCUAGAAGUAUGGCUUCGGGUUCUCGUGCUUCGGCGCGCCUUCUUCAUGGUCUGGCUAAACUACAUCGACUUUUUUGUGGGCAUCGCGUGCAUGGCCGAGCUGAUCGUGGUAAUGAGAGACGGAGGUACCAGCAGCCUGGACACCCUCUUCUUGCUACGCCUGCUUCGUGUCGGCAAACUGGCCCGUGGCUUAAAGCUCGUGGGUCUCACAAGCAACCUUUCCUCGUUGCAGCUUCUGGUCAAGUGCCUGGUGUCCAGCCGCGCGAUGUUGUUUUGGACAUUUUGCUUGCUGGCCUUGCUGCAAGCAGUGGCGGGAAUCAUCCUCAACAUGUUCGCGCAUCAGUACUUCCAGGAGGCUAUGCACGAUCUUAGUAAACGUGAGGCCGUGUAUCUCUACUUCGGCACCUUCACACGCAGCUUCCUCAGUAUGUUUGAAAUCAUGUUCGCAAACUGGGGCCCACCAUGUCGAGUACUUGUGGAACACAUCAGCGAGUGGUUUGCCGUGUUCUUCCUGCUCUAUCGUUGUGUUUUUGGAUUUGCGCUUUUAAAUGUGGUGAACUCGGUGUUUGUGCAACAGACCAUGAAAACGGCCAGCUCCGAUGAAGAGCUGGCUUUCAAGCAGAAGGAGAAGGACACGGGGCCAAUGCUCUGCCACUUUUGUUAUCCUUUGUGCUUUCCAGCAUAG